GGCGGGUGCUCAGCCAUGGCCCUGCGCAAGGAGCUGCUCAAGUCCAUCUGGUACGCCUUCACCGCGCUGGACGUGGAGAAGAGCGGGAAGGUCUCCAAGUCGCAGCUCAAGGUGCUGUCUCACAACCUGUACACGGUGCUGCACAUACCCCAUGACCCGGUGGCCCUCGAGGAGCACUUCCGUGAUGACGAUGACGGCCCUGUGUCCAGCCAGGGCUACAUGCCCUACCUCAACAAGUACAUCCUGGACAAGGUGGAAGAGGGGGCGUUCGUUAAGGAGCACUUCGAUGAACUGUGCUGGACGCUGACGGCCAAGAAGAACUACCGGGUGGACAGCAAUGGGACUAACUCCCUGUCCAACCAGGACGCCUUUCGCCUCUGGUGCCUCUUCAACUUCCUGUCGGAGGACAAGUACCCACUGAUCAUGGUUCCCGAUGAGGUGGAAUAUCUGCUGAAGAAGGUGCUGAGCAGCAUGAGUCUAGAAGUGGGGUUUGGCGAGCUGGAGGAGCUGCUGGCCCAGGAGGCUCAGGGGGCCCAGACCAGCGGGGGCCUGAGCGUCUGGAAGUUCUUGGAUCUCUUCAACUCGGGGCGCUGCCUUCGGGGUGUGGGGCGGGACACGCUCAGCAUGGCCAUCCACGAGGUCUACCUGGAGCUCAUCCAAGAUGUGCUGAAGCAGGGCUACCUGUGGAAACGAGGACACCUGAGAAGAAACUGGACUGAGCGCUGGUUCCAGCUGCAACCCAACUCCCUCUGCUAUUUUGGGAGUGAAGAAUGCAAAGAGAAAAGGGGAACGAUCCCACUAGAUGCGCAAUGCUGUGUGGAGGUGCUGCCCGACCGGGAGGGAAAGCGCUGCAUGUUCUGCGUGAAGACAGUCACCCGCACUUACGAGAUGAGCGCCUCGGACACUCGCCAGCGCCAGGAGUGGACAGCUGCCAUCCAGACUGCGAUCCGGCUGCAGGCCGAGGGCAAGUCGUCCCUCCACAAGGACCUGAAGCAAAAGAGGCGAGAACAGAGGGAGCAGAGGGAGAAGCGCCGCCUGGCCAAGGAGGAGGAGCUGGUGCGGCUGCAGCAGCUGCAGGAGGAGAAGGAGCGGAAGCUGCAGGAGUUGGAGCUGCUGCAGGAGGCGCAGCGGCAGGCCGAGCGGCUGCUGCAGGAGGAGGAGGAGCGGCGCCGCAGCCAGCACCGGGAGUUGCAGCAGGCCCUGGAGGGGCAACUGCGAGAGGCCGAGCAGGCCCGGGCCACCAUGCAGGCGGAGAUGGAGCUGAAGAAGGAGGAGGCGGCCAGGCAGCGGCAGCGCAUCCAGGAGCUGGAGGAUAUGCAGCAGCGGUUGCAAGAAGCCCUGCACCUGGAGGUGAAGGCCCGGCGCGACGAGGAGGCCGUGCGCCUAGCCCAGGCCAGGCUGCUGGAGGAGGAGGAGGAGAAGCUGAAGCAGCUGCUGCUGCUGAAGGAAGAGCAGGAGCGCUACAUCGAGCGAGCGCAGCAGGAGAAGCAGGAGCUGCAGCAGGAGAUGGCACUGCAGACCCGCUCCUUGCAGCAGGCCCAGCAGCAGCUGGAGGAGGUGCGGCAGAACCGGCAGCGGGCCGACGAGGACGUGGAGGCUGCCCAGAGAAAGCUGCACCAGGCCAGCACCAACGUGAAACACUGGAAUGUCCAGAUGAACCGGCUCAUGCACCCGAUUGAGCCUGGAGACAAACGCCCCGCCACCAGCAAGUCCUUCACAGGCUUCCAGGCCCCUUUCCUGGCCCGCCGGGACUCCUCCCUCAAGCGCCUGACCCGCUGGAGCUCCCAGGGGGACAGGACCCCCUCCCCAAGCAGCUCGGAGCUGCAGAAGCCCCUCAACGGUGCCAAUGAAGCUCCCCCACCAGCGACUCCACCUCAGGAAAAUAAGCUGGAUUCACCUGCAGAAAACGAGCCCGUGUAAGCCUUGUCACUCGCUCCUUGGCUUCCUGCACACCUGGCGGUCACAGCAGGCCUGGGGGUGACAGCAGCCCCUAUGGAAGAAGGAGCUGAGGGCCUGGGGCCCCUCCAAAAGGAAGAAGUCACAACUAAACCUGGUGUGGCUCUUGCAGCAGCAUCAAGCCCCUCGCAUUGAGGCUGCCAUGGACCUGAUCCUUGGGACUUGACCUUGUGCCUUCUCCCUGAGGACCCUGGCAUCAGUGCUGGGAUGGAAAGUAAACAAGCAGGCACCGGGCCCACUGCCUCCAGGUUGCCAUUGGGUGGUGGAGAUCUAUUUUCAAAUAAAAACUGUUCCCGGAAU